GAUAAAACAUUCUCUGCUAUAGAUAACUCAUUGAACACCUCAUUUUCGACAUGAAUUUACAGUCAUUUCUGUUUAUUGUGUAAAAAAUGGACGCACAAGCCAACACAAGCGUUAACAGAACGGAGAGGGGCGAUCGGGUUGAAGAUCUGCAUUUAGACAGAAUUGUCGCGUCUCAACCUGAGAUUGGGCCGACACCCCCCGACGGUGGAUAUGGCUGGCUCAUUGUUUUUUCCGCGGCAGUGUAUCAUGUAACUGUACCUUCUCUUUUAAGUUUAUAUGGAUUCGUCAUUUUGAAAGCGAUAAGGGAAGAAGACCACGAAGAGGGGGAAUUAAUGAAAAUCUGGGAUGUGGACAUAGCCUUGGUGCCUGUGAUUAUGGUCAUAAUAAGACUCCUUUUAGAAUCUUGGUGCAGGGCUAUGGUAACGAUUUUUAAUAUGCCGAGGGUGAUCGCUCUUUCUGGACUUUGUUUGACCGUGGCCGGCGUGUUACUGUCUAGUUACUCAACAAACGCGGACAGUAAUGACCAUAUUGUAAAUAUUUUUUCAGGAAUUUUCGCAGGUAUGGGUUGCGCUCUGACCGGCCAGCAGACGGAUGUAAUUAUAACGCACUACUUCAGGGAGAAGCUGACGAUGGCGCAGCGCAUCGUGAGAGUGGCGCCCUCCCUCGGUAGCUGCCUGGUGCCGCUACUGGUGGGCCAUCUCUGCUCCCUGUACACCGCCGACGUCGUCGUUAUGAUCUACGGCGCGGUCAUCAUGCAGAACUGUCUCUUCCUGGCCGCCUACUCCCGCCCCAUAUACAUCGAAAAGGUGAUUAGGACCACCUACAACAUGCUGCGCGACGCCGCCGACGACGAGGACGAGGUUAUCUUCUCCAACCAGCGACGGAACGAAACCCGGGCGGCGGGCGCUGUCGGUGUCGCCCCCGCCGCUCUCGAGGGCAACACCAACCUCGCGCAGGACGACGACAAUACCGACGUCGUAGUUUUUAAUUCGAGGAAAAACGCAAGAGAAAUUCUCGAUCCGUCCGUCGAUCUCCGAGAGAACGGACCUUCGAGGGAGCAAAGGUUUUCCUCGGAUUUCGGCGCGAUGUUCGGCGAAGGGGCGGCCUCUUCCAACCGAUUCUCCUCAGAUUUCGGAUCGCUGGACGUGGCCAGCUACGGCCGCAUCAGCGGGUACCGGGAGCUGAGGAGCAUGGAGCGCGAGGCGCAGCAGCCGCAGCCGCUGUACCGCGAGACGACGGUGGACGCGCCGCAGGGCGGGCUCGUGUUCUCGGCGGAUGUAACGCCCGGCACGGCCAGAAGGACGGCCUCUCUCAAGAAGAAUUUCAUAGCCAUAAAGAAGAUGCUGGUGGACGUGAACUUCUACCUGCACGCGCUGCUACACCUCUGCACCACGUUCUCCGUGUUGGUGAUGGGCGUGCUCCUGCCGCCGCUCAUGUGGGAGCGGAAUCCUUCGAUGAACAUCUGGUCGGUGUCUCGUCUGGUGGGCCUGGGGCAGGGUGCGGCGCUGUGCCUGGCCGCGCCCUGCCUGCUGCUGCCCGAGGCGCUGCGGCACGGGGCGCGUCUGUGCGCCGCCCUCUGCGCGUGCGGCGCCAUCGGCUUCUACGGUAUAUCGGUGAGCGGCGGCGGCGGGUGGAUGGCGGCGUGGUGCGCGCUGGGGGCGCUGGCGCCGGCGGCGAGCGGCGCGGUGUGGGCGCGGGGCGCGCGGGUGGGCGCGAGUGUGGGCGCACGCGUGGGCUCGACGGGGGCGCAGUUCGACGGCGCGGCGACGGCGACGGCGGCCGAGGUGGUGUCGGGCGUGGCGCUGGGCGCGUGGGCGCUGCUGCACAACUACGAGUACCGCACGUGCUUCCUGUCCGCCGCAGUGCUGCAGGCCGCCAGCGCCGCCGCCUUCCUCCUCGCCUCCUUCACCGCACGGACUCAGUAGACUGCACUCGGGCGAGUUUAGUUCUCGUCACGUGUACAUGAUACAAAAUCGUCCUUGUUGUACAGAUUGUGCAGUCUUCUGAGACACGCACGAGCUCCGCCUUGUCCGUUGUCGUUUAUACGAACGUAUAAUAUGCACGUUUGCUAGAUUUUUAUAGUGGGUUCCGAUUGCCAUCUUUAAAAUAAUGUGAGGAACGGCAAUGGUUUCUAGGAUGAGGGUUUCUGCUGUGGU